GAGAGAAAGAGAGAGAAAGAGAGAGAAAGAGAGAGAGACAGAGGGUGAAAGAGAGCAGAGCGAGGAUUUUUAGAGGUACCUGAGAGGGAGCGCACAGAGUAGUUUUAGGUACGAGCAGGACCUUACGUGAAAUACGGAUUUAACAUAUUUAUUGCUAUUGCAAUUAUUUACUGUUAUCGAUCACUACAUUCAAAACUUGAAAUGGAUAGUAAACUUGCAGACUUUUCUGGAAAAUGGAAAAUGAAAAGCUCCGAAAAUUUUGAAGAACUUCUUAAAGCACUCGGUGUGAAUGUGUUCCUAAGGAAGAUAGCGGUGGCAGCAGCCUCCAGGCCCGCGGUGGAGAUCAGUCAGCAGGAGGCGACCCUGUCCAUCCAGACCUCCACCAGCGUACGCACCACCCACAUCUCCUUCACUGUGGGACAGUCCUUCAGUGAAAGCACAGUGGACGGGCGCCCCUGCACGAGUUUUCCUCAGUGGGAAACAGACAGCAAGAUCAGCUGUGAACAGACUCUGCAGAAAGGGGAGGGACCCAAGACUGCCUGGACCCGUGAGCUGACCAAUGAUGGCGAGCUCAUAUUGACAAUGAGUGCUGGGGAUGUGGUGUGCACCAGAGUUUAUGAACGAGAAUGAUGGAGAUUCUUUGGACUAUAUACCUUUAUACUUUUAUAAUGCUGUUUAUACAUUUAUAUACAUCUAAUACACGUACAUUUAUGUAUGCGCCUUCUGUUUGCCUAUUCAAGUCAUAUUUGGUCAUGAUUUCUGGUUUAUAUCUAUAUUAAAUGCAAUGUUGUCUAAUCAAGUCAUGUUACAAUGAAGAAUAUCCCACUACUAAAGCCAUAUUUAUUCUUCUGCAUACUGAAAAAAAAUACAACAAAUAAAUGCUGCAUGUAUAUUACU